UCAAUAUGUGAAGAGAGAGAUAGAGAGAGGUUUCUUCCUUCCUUCCUUCCUGGGUCAGAAGCUCCAUCUGAAACAUCUCCAAUUCUCCAAUCUAUAUAUAGCCUUAUCACUCCAUCUUCUACUCUCAUCUUUCCUCGCUUAUCCUUCCUCAACAUUUCAAACCACCAUCUCCUCCAUUGAAUUGAGCUUCAUAUCUUCUUUAAAGCAGUCAUGGAGACGCAAACCCAUGUAGAAUCUGCCUUGGAGCUCAUCAAACAGCAUUUAUUCGGUGAUCUUCUCUCCCCUGUUGGUAGCUCGUGUUCAUCUUCUACUGCUACCACCUCUCUAAUUGAUAAUGUAAAUAUGGAGUAUGAGUGCUCCCGGGCUUCGAGUAUCGACUCAGGCUUCUCAAUCGCUGAUUAUUUUAAUAUUAACAGUAUUAAUGAUGAUGAUUUUUUCGAUUUCGAAGCUAAACCACAAAUCAUCGAUUUCAGCAGUGCAAAAUCCAGUGAUUCAACCACCAGUUUUGAAUUUGAACCAAAACCUCGAAUUCAAGUGCUUCAGAAUUUCGGAUUUGGAUCAGAAACGAAAGUCUUUUCACAAUCCAAGCACGACUUCUGCGACUUGGAAUCGAAGUCUAAAGUAAACCGAAAUCCAUCUCUGAAAAUCUCACUCCCUAGAAAAACCGAAUGGAUUCAAUUUGGUAACCCAAACCAAAAACCGGUCGAAGGCGUUGCUGGUGGUGAAGAGAAAAGGCAUUACAGAGGAGUCCGACAGAGGCCGUGGGGCAAAUAUGCAGCGGAGAUCCGAGACCCGAACCGAAAGGGCGCACGUGUAUGGCUGGGGACCUUCGACACAGCAAUCGAAGCCGCCGAAGCCUACGACCGAGCAGCAUUCAAGCUGCGCGGCUCCAAAGCCAUUCUCAACUUUCCUUUGUUAGCUGGGAAGUUGAACACACGCGCCAAUGAGGGAAACGAACGUAAAAGAGCCAGAGAAAGUGCGGGUACAGAGAGAGAAGCAAAAAAGGUCGUGAGGAGAGAGGAAUCUGAGGUGGACGUUCCGUUGACGCCGUCGAAGUGGACGGCAAUUUGGGACAGUUGCGAUUUGAAAGAGAUAAUGCCGUUGUCUCCGUUAUCUGCUCAUCGGCCGUUAGGAUGUCCUCAGCUUAUGGUUAUAUAAAAUUAAACGGCAGUUUACAUUUGUACUUGGUGGAGUACAUAAUUUUACCCAUUAUAUGAUUUUUCAUGGUUAAAUUUUAGACAA